AUGUUGUCAAAUUAACAGAAAAAUUUUUGUGGACCGUCUAGAACGUGCGACAUGUGUUAUGUUUAACAGAAAUUUUUCAACUGCAAGUUUGUGCAAGAAUAAACCGAACAUAUGUGUAAGCGUAGUUGGAGAGCAAUUUUAUUAUAAAUGGCAAUUUUCUCUCUCUCUUUCUACUUGUCCUCUGCGAUAUGCUUUCAGUGGAGGCCCCACGUUGAAUGAACUUGAAUGAAAUAUGCAUACGCGCGCACAUGUGUGCCACAGGCUUUCAUUGAUUCGCGCGAUCAUUUCUGUCAACUUGAAACCGAUCAAAAAACUCGCAUUUGCUGCCAUCUAACGAGCGAGCCGAAAACUACCAAGUUUACUUACAUUCAGCGUUAUCUAGCGAUAAAAGCAGAAGACAAUUGCGCAGAGCUCGUGUUUACCGACAUCCGACCGACGCCGGUCAGCCACGCUGCUGUCUGCAACCUGCAACUGUCAGUCGUCGCUGGUUGCCAUGGCGGUCGGAGUCAUGGCUGUGAUGAAAACAAACAAACAAACUGUAAGCUUCCCUCGAGGCUCGAACCUCGAAGCUGCCCUGAGUCGAUGCGAUCCGAAACGUCACGUGUACUCAGAUAACGUUAGAUUCGCAUGUGCAGAUGGCUGUUUAAAAUUUUCUCCAGCUGUCUGCAACGUGUUUGCCUUCAGAGCAGCCGCGGGCGAUGCCAAAUCGCGACCACAGUGCCGAUAAGCACACGAAAGAAAAACAGUCGUAAGAUUUCAAUUGGAGAAAAUGACUUGGAACCUGUGCAUAAGCCACUACGAUGCAGACGUUUUCAUAGAACCAGACGUCACUCGAGAGUCAACGGGGAACUCGAGGAGUCGGCGGAUAAAAGUGGAAACGGCAACGGUGUCGCAUUGCCUAAGAGGAGUGGCAAGCACAGCGUUCAAAAGAAGAUUGAUAAAUUAAUUGAAGAAAAUCGAAUGUUAACGAUGAAAUUGGAAGAUUCAAACGUAAGUCCUGAGAUUGUUGCUGAACUGCAGGAAAAGGAUUCUUUGAUAUCAAAAAUUAGCAACAAGUACCACAAAUUGUUGAAAAAUCACGACAGCCUGCAACAAGAAUAUGAAAAAGUAAAUGCUCUUUUGGGGGAACGCGAAGCAGAAUACCAUCAAUUGCAUACGCAUCACAAGAAAUUUACAGAAGCUUUACAAAAAGUAGAGAAGACCAAUUCCAGUCUUCUGACAUUUAACCAGAGAUGCAAAGCUGAAAAUGUUCAGCUAAAUGAAGAUGUAUUGCUUCUCAAGAACGUGAUAUAUCGAUUGAAUGCGGAACUUGAAAGAUAUCAGGAUAAAUUAAAGGAAUCUGGACUAAGUGUCCUAUCGAAAAAUAUUAAUGACAUACUAGACUCUAAGAGACCAGUGGACGACAUCAAAACAUUAUCGGAGUCAUGGGGUUCGGUGAAUACACACGCGUUGGGCCCACUUUUAGACGCCUAUCAGGAGAGCCUAACGGAGAAACAAGAGCUUGUAAAUAAGUACGAGGAGGAUAUCACCAGUUUUAGUGCCCGAUGCAAGGAAGUCGUCGUGGAGAAUGAAUGUAUGCAGAAUGAAAUUGAGAAAUUGAAAUCACAGUGAAAACUUUUUCAGUGCACCAAGUACGCGGAUGAGAUCAAGAUGAUAUCCGAGGACGCGGACUUGCUCAAGGAAUUGAACGAGUGUUACACGCGACAGACCGCACAUCAGAAGCAAAAGAUACACGAGAUCCAUUCGUUG